GCUAGCUUUCGCUUUGCAUCAGCUGGAGCUGUUGGCGGUUUGUUAGGAUUCCCAAGGCUGUCCGUGGCUGAUCUACAGCCAAGACGGCGUCAAAGCUAUGGGCACAACACAGGCGGUGCUCCUGCUCGCAGUUCAUAUUCUGCUCAUCUCCGAGUUCAUUUUAGCCAGGAGGGACUACUAUGACAUCCUGGGGGUCUCCAGAGACGCCACGGAGCGCCAGAUUAAAAAGGCUUUCCAUAAACUGGCUCUGAAGUUCCACCCAGACAGAAACAAGGACCCAAACGCCGAGGCUAAGUUCAGAGAAAUAGCAGAGGCGUACGAGACGUUGUCUGACGAUAAGAGGAGACGAGAGUAUGACCAGUUUGGUCACGGUGCAUCGUCAAGUGGGGGCUACAGAGGAGGGGGGAGCGACUACGACUUCAGGCAGCACUUCCAGUCCUUCAACUUCGACGACAUCUUCAAAGACACGGACUCGUUCGGUCAGCACCAUCACUUCCACUCCCAGAGUCAGGCGGACAAAAAGAGACACUUCGACAACCACUUCCAGGCUCACCGGGACGCCAUGAACCGCCACCGGAGAGGCUUUCAGCAGGGGGGCUUCGGCGAGGGACUCUUUGACAACAUGUUCGAGGACUUGGAGAAGAUGUUCUCCUUUAACUCGCAUGCUUCCAGGACUGAGAGCAGGUUUCAGGGCUCGGCCAAGCAGCACUGCAGGACAGUGACUCAGCGUCGGGGGAACAUGGUGACCACGUUUACCGACUGCUCCUGAAACAAACGACAAAAAAGGCACGCUGCACAGCCACUCAGGACCCUUAAUUUUAAAUUUUGUUUAGUUGCUGUUUUGAAAUUAAAUGCUAACUUGAAGAGAAAUUUUUGGCUUUUUCAACAAAUAUCCAAGUGGCUUUCAAGCAAUAACUUAGAAAUAAGAAUCAUUCGGAUACCUCCCCUUUAUUUAGCUCUCCUGGUUCUUUACGUUUGUGUUUUUGUGAUGGUACAAUCUUAUCUGAUAAACUCUGGUGUAGCCAAAGUUUAAAAGACCAUUUAAAAAAUGUAUUUUAAGGUCAGCGAGGUAAACGUCACGUUGUGUUUCUUCCGAUUUAGGCCAAGCUCUCACUGUGCUUUGUCAAACCUCUCUAUUUAAAACCAUUUUCUCAAUAAGAGAUGAGUUUGGCCACUUUCAGGAACAUCUGCUGCA